AAAUACUGCGGUCUAAGUCUCAUGAGUUGUGGUCAAGAAUGCAGUGAAUUAAGUGAUGAUAUUAUGAGCAAAUGUGAUCUUACGAUACAUCUGCAGUAUUUAGAGUUACCCAUCGAUUUGAGAGCCAAAUUGAUUGUUUCGCUAAUAAAUCUUCGGUGUCUUCUCUCUGUCCACGAUUUACUCAAAGAGAUUCUUCUGCAGAGCGCGGAAACAAUUGGAGAUUUAUAUUUAGAUAUUGUGGACGCGUUCAUGAAAAUGGAUUUGCAUGAAAACGCUAAACUUCUGGUCCAACGUCUGGUCGACACCGAGACCUAUAACGAGGCGUCCAUUUGGUUACGAUUUGCCGAAUGUUUAGAGAAGACUAAAGAGACUCAGCAGUCGAUUAUCGCGUACUCAACAGUCGUAAGACUAGCGCCCAAUCACUUUCACGCGAGACUUAAGCUCUCAAAACUGUUGGUUAGUGUCGGCAAAGAGAAGGAAGCGCUCGAAAUCGCGAGUCAAUGCGAGAGCGAAACUCAAAUUGAUUUGGAUUUAUUGCAAAUGCGGUGCCGUUUGUUGUAUUCACAGGCACUUUGGUUUGACUUCUCAAUUGCUGCCAGAAUUUUAUUGUCUAGUGAUAUGACAUAUUUGAGACACAGUCGACAGCUCUGCACAAUGAUCUCCUCCUCAUCCUAUAGGACUCGAUUGGAGGCUUUACGUGAUGUCCAUAAAGACUUGGGUCUCACUGACGACAGUCUUAAUCAUAAAUAUAUCGGCGAUAAUAUUGAUUCUGAAACUAUGGUUGAAGUGUUUGUCAAACUAUUGAAUGUUUUACUAUACAAAAUACGAGACCCCGAAGAAGCGGUUAAAAUUGCAUUCUCUGGCUAUACGUGCAGUGCUUUCGCCGCAAAACAAGAUCUCAUUGAUUAUUACGCACUCAUGUGUUGCUAUGUGUCGAAGAACCUCUUCUACACUUAUCCAUUGAUUAAGGCUUUGAUUAUGCGAAACAUUGAUAACAACCAGAUCUGGAAUAUCUUCUGUCCGGUUAUGUCUCAGUUUUAUCAAGACUUAAGACACAAUCGCUUCUGUAUUAGACUUUUCAUCAAAAACCCGGAGAACAUAGCAUUGGCUUAUUUUAAUGGCCACAACGCCCUCAUGAGUGGCAGAGUGAGAGAGGAGUAUAUUACUGUUACGAUGUGUUCAAAAGUGGCGCCUAUAAGUGCAAUGUCCGACGAAGAGAACCGUUUUGAUUGUGUGAGCAUUAGGUCUGAAACGUCCGAUUACUUCAGCGAAAGCACUCCUCAUAGCAUCCAAUCCAUCCGUUUUGACCACAAAUAUGCCCUUUCGCCUCCAUAUUCACCCACUCUGUCAUUCACUGACUCCUCCAUCACUUCAUUCACACCAAACUCCUCGAAGACAUCAUUCAAUAGAAAACAAAAACUACUCAAAAGGAGAAGACUUUUUGACAGUCCGUCAGAAACGGCGAGACGUGAACCAAAUGUGACACCACUUUCAGAACGACAACAGUUGGCCAUAGCUUUGCAUCUGAGCUCUGAAUUUUUGACGGGUUUCUGCUUCUUGGGCUUCAAAACCAGAUAA